GCUGUCGAAUAUUAAAAAACAAUAAAAUGUGUUUGCGUCUGUUUUUAUUUCAAUUAUGUUAAAUUAAUGGCAUUAUAAGCAAUAGUGUGAAUGAAAAGUAUUAUUAAUGCUAAGUUGUGACAUAAUAUGGCCUUAAUUAAGAACAACGGUUCUAUAAUUGACCCCGCGUUGUGUAGAUGCUGCAGAGCUAUAAAGAAAUGCAGAAUCCUAACAUCAGAAUACACUUGGAUGGAGAAGAAGGAGAUUUAUGCAGAUAUGAUAAUGGAUUGCUUCGGUAUUCUCUUGUCUCAUGUCGACGACGAGGUGAAGGAUAGCGGCGUAUGUGCAACGUGUGUCGUGCGCUUGCGCGAUGCUUGUGCUUUCCGCCAACAAGUUUUGCAAUGCGAGGAAUUAUUCCUGAGUGCCAAACUGGAAGAUAGAGAUGACACAAAGAAGGACACGGAAAUUGAACUGAAGACCGAGCCAAAGGAUGAUUGCAGUGAACACAAUUCAUCGAACGAGGAGCACCAGGAGAUCAUUUCUUUAGAUUAUCCACCUGCGGUUGUAGAUGUUAAAUCACCGAAGAAAGAAGAAGAUGAAAAUAAACCAGACUUAGAAACUCAUAAUAAUAUAGCUAAAGAUAUGGACAUUGAAAUAGAUGAUAUGGACGAUGAUGACUACCACGACGACUACUCAGGAUCUUCAUCAGAUUCUGACAAGCCCAUAAAAAGGAAAUCUAAAAGCAAAAAAACGAAAGGCACCAAGAGUAAUGGUACCACGAAGAAAAAGGUACUGAAGGGUAAAGGGACCAAGAUGAAACAGAAAGCAGGUUCUUCGGUAGAAAAGAAAUCUAAAAUUAAAAAGCCUCCCGUAGAAAAGAAGAAUACGUACGAUCGUGAUCUUGAUUGUAUGUCUGAAGAGAACCUCCUCACAAUCAUUCAAUAUUCAUACGUAUGCCCAUUUAAGAAUAGAAGAAAUAAUUAUUAUUGUUUCUACUGUAAGGACUAUUAUCCAAAGCCCGAAGACUUGAGAGAGCACACGGUAUCCCAUGACACAAAACCAUUCCAGCUUUUGAUGGGUUACAAGAAAAUGCCGAAAUUAGACAUCACAAGAAUAGACUGCAGACUGUGUCCGAUGAAGAUAAAUGAUUUGGAAACAUUCAAACAACAUAUAGAUCAAGUUCACGACAAGAAAAUAUAUUUCGAAGCGCCAGACAAGAUGCUUCUGUACCGAUUAACGUGGAACGAUCUAGUUUGUGUUAUGUGUAAUGAUGUGUUUGAAGAUUUCAAUACUUUAAACACACACAUGGUGGAGCAUUUCAGUAACUACACAUGUGACAUAUGUGGUGUGUGCUUCUUAGAGAAACCUCGCCUAGACGCUCAUUUGAAACGCCACAAAGACGAUGAGAGACACACGUGUGAAGUGUGCGGUAAAGUUUUUAAAUCGAACCAUUACAAGGACAUGCAUGUCGAUAUAGUGCACAAAAAGAAAGCAAUAAUUCGGUGUCCGCGUUGUGACGAGUGUUUUAUGUCUUACGCGUUGAAAAACAAACAUCUGACUGAAGCGCACGGUCAGAAACGUACGUAUCCGUGUAAUUUAUGUGACAAAGUGUAUAAUAGGCAGAAGACGUUGACAGAACACCAACGGAGGAAUCAUCAGAAGGUUCUCAAGCAUCAAUGUGAGUAUUGCGAUCAGAGAUUCUAUUUACCAUCGCGUUUGAAGGAACACAUAGCGACUCAUACCGGCGAAAGGAACUUCAGAUGUGAGUACUGUGACAAAAGCUAUCCUCGCCUCAAAUCGUUACAAUAUCACAUACGAACGCACACGAACGAUAGACGGUACCGGUGUCAUAUAUGUGGUCAAGCGUUCAUACAGAAUGCAAGUCUUAAAUCACAUAUAAAGAGUCAUCAUCCAGAAUGUGACAUAGAAGGAUGUUAUUUUUAGCAAUAUUAUAUAUCUAGUAGUUAAUUAUUGUAAUUUAAGAAAAGGAAAAUGUACAUCACUUUAUCAAUAAGCCCUAUCUGAAAAUUUCCAAAUUGUAGGUGGAAAUUUGCAGGAUAAAGCUUCAAAAUAUAUCAACAAAACAUUAAGAAAAUUGUCAUUGUUUAACUCGCUCAGUCUCAAAUUUCCAUAAUAAAUCUAAAUUUGUGUUAAAUAAUAAUUAUUAAGGUUUAAAACUUCAUACGUUAACAAAGAAGACGAAUCUAAAUAAAAAUCUCACAUAAUAACUUUAUAACAAAAAACUUAAAUGAACCAUCUGAUUGUAAAUGGUCAAAUCUGCUCACACCUCAACAUUGGCGAUCUAAUGUAAAAAAAUUUUAAUGUGCAAAGAGCAAAUAUUGAUGCCUGCCAGAUUUUAACCCAAUUUAGUUGGCGUGAACCUACCUAAAAGCCCUUAAGUCGCAGAACGCUUUUCUAAAUUUACCUGGGUAGGUCCCACUUUCACAUCAGUGCUUAGUACUUGCUUGCAGUACCUUUGAUGUUUCUGUUUGACGGUAAACCAGUCAGUAUACAAAUAAAUGGUGCAUAUUAUCUUAAUUUGUAAAUCAUGAUGUGGAAAAAUAAACUUUUAUGAGUGAUGACCUCU